AUGUAUGCUACGACUACAUCACGACCUGAUUUGAGCGCUGCGGUAAACUACUUUAGUGGCUUCCAAAGUUGCGCUUCGGAGGAGCACUGGAGCCACCUUAAACGGGUUCUGCGCUAUAUCCGAGGCACACUGGGUGCGAAGCUGGUGUUUCGGCGAAGUGGUGAGUGUAAGUUGCUCCAAGGAUAUGUCGACGCGGAUUGGGCCGGGGAUGUUAGUGACCGUAGAUCCACAUCAGGCUUCCUGUUCUACGUAUAUGGAUGCCUGGUAUCCUGGGCGUCACGCAAACAGACAUCGGUUGCGCUCUCUUCGGCAGAGGCCGAAUACGUAGCGCUUAGCGUAGGAGCAACGGAGGCGAUUUGGUUGAGAAUGGUGUUGCAAGAUCUACACAGGACUCUGGACGAACCAACUGACAUUCUGGAGGACAAUCAAGCUUGCAUCCGAGUGGCCGAGGAGGAGAAGCCUACGAAACGGUUGAAACAUGUGGAUGUACGUUGGCAUUUCAUCAGAACCGAGAUCCAGAGAGGCGUUAUCAAGCUAUCCUACGUUCCAACCAAUCUUCAAGUAGCUGACAUUAUGACUAAGGCCCUACCAGGACCUCAGUUUGCGAACCUUCGGGACAAGCUCGGGCUGUCGGCUUGA